AUGGGGGAUCUGUACUUUGGAGUAAUGCUCAUCACUGCCACAACGGUGGGUAAGAUCAUACUGUGCGCCCUCGCGGGCAUGCUCGUCUCGAGGUACUUCUCUAACCCGAAAGAAACUCUGACGGGUCUCAAUUACAUUUCCGCGAGGGUGUUUCUCCCGUGUCUGUUGUUCGCAAACCUGUGCGUGAACGUGACGUGGGAGCAGCUGAGCAAGUUCUAUUGGGCGCCGUUAUUUGCGCUGCUGCCGAUGGGGAUCGGCUUUCUUUGCUCGAUGCUGGUGCGUACCGUUCUCAGAAGGGAGUACCACUUCGUCGUGAUCCUUGCCAGCUCUUUCCAGAAUGGCCUCACGUUCCCCGUGAGCGUGCUGCUUAACCUGAAGGGCAUCGAGUGGUUCACAGAGGCUGCUGUCGUAGACGCGCAGUCCUACAUCUUCCUGUACAACGUGGUCUGCUCGAUAGGCCUGUGGGGUAUCGGUGACCCCAUGAUCGCCCACGCGAAGAUGAAGGAAGUAGAGUCUGAGGAGGUCAAUGAUGAGGAGUUGGUGGCCCGGCGGCGUCCGUACAGCAUGGAUGGGUGUGUCGACGGCGAAGCGGAGGGCGAGGAACAGGCGCAGUCGUCGCCGCACACGGCAGCAGUGGCGCAGCAGGGCCAUGCCACCGCGAACGAGCAACUCGGGUGGUAUCGGCCGGCGCGCGCAAGUGAUCAGCCGAUCAUGCUGUCACCAGGGUCCCCUGCGAUUCUGCUAAAUGAUGCGAUGCGCAUCACAAAUUCGACGGUCAAGUCGAAGGACGACCGUCUCAAGCGUCUGGGCCGGAUCGUUCUCACCUCGAUCCAGUCCCCAACAGUGCUGAGCAGCAUCAUCGCCCUCAUCAUCUCCCUUACACCGCCACUGCAGCGGCUGGCAACGGGCCCUUUUGGCGAGCCCUUCGUCGGCGGCAUGGCCCUCAUCGGCAAGGGUGCCAUCCCGCUGCAUCUGGUGGUGCUGGGCUCCUCCGUCACGGUCAGCCGCCCCAAGGCCGACCCGACAUCGUCGACGAAGAGGGCGCGGGUGACAAUAUCGUCUCCCACCACAUCCGCCCCACUGCCGACAGACGCAGACGGCACUGUUUUUGACGUGCCCGCAUCGCAGCCCGGCACGGAAGUCAACGCCCUUCUUCAUUGGAUCACCUCGAGUGUGCAGCCGCAGAUUCUCUUCACAUGCUGCGCAGUGGUGACGCAGCUCGUGAUUAUUCCGUGCAUCUGCUUUCUUGCCUUGCACAUUCUUGUGAAGACAGGUCUCAUGCCGAACGAGAAGCCAUUUUUGCUCUCGAUGCUGGUGGCCGUCAUAUCGCCGACCGCCAUCAACUCGACGCUGAUCUGCACCACGCGUGGAUAUCACGUCCGCGACUACUCGCACAUGAUGUUUUUUAUGUACCUCUGCAGCAUCAUCACAUCCUCCGUAUGGCUUUUGUGCAUCCUCUCGUACUUGUCAGACUAG